AUGAAAAACGAAUCGAUCGGUGGCAGCAGAAAUCUGCUACUGAUCGUAGACGAAGCCAGUGGAUGUAUGAAGGGCUUUUUACGAGUGAAGUCCGAGAGUGAAGACUACAUCCGGAAGUACAUCACUAUGGUACAGACGCAGUUCAGUAAGAAGGUCAAGUUUGUGCUACACGACGGAGCCCGCGAGUUCGCAACCAACUCGCUUCGAUUGUUCUACGAAGAUGAAGGCAUUGAAAAGCAGACAACGGUGCAUAUGCGCAUCAAACCAACGGAACAGCAGAGCGUGCCAUUAGAACUAUCAUCACGAUCGGCUGCAGCAUUCUUCAUCAUGCCAAACUGGACAAGUGUUCGUGGGCUGAAGCAGAGAUGA